UGUCCAGCCGCGCACAUGCAGCUGCGGAACACCGGGUCUCGAGGACGAGGUUCGAUGAUGUAGUCCUAGCAAUCGCUUGCCCGAUGCCCUGUUUCUCUGCUACCACGUGCCUGUGGUUGCAAGAACUGGAAAUUUCUGGAAGAAAAGCUGGCAUGUGCCUGGAUCAUGAAGGACUUUAAAACGCAGAAAAGACGCGUUUCUCAAUUUGUUUCGUCGGGGGUACCGUGUGGCUCUCUCAAACCUUCAAGUCUUAGCAUCACGUCGUCUGCUCGAAGAAAAAGCUCGACGCCGUUGACGCGCUACGCUUUCACGGAACCGUUCUGUUCGUCUCUUCUCGGCUCUCGGCAUUUGUUCUGGGAGCUCAGGGACUCCAGCACUCUUAAGAAGACUCAGCUUCUCGGUAUCCUCCCUUUUUGCCAUAGCCCUCUGUUCCAAAACUGA